CCAGAUGUCUCUCCUCCCAAGAGAAGACCUCACGACUCUCCAGAUGUCUCUCCUCCCAAGAGAAGACCUCACGACUCUCCAGAUGUCUCUCCUCCCAAGAGAAGACGCCAUGACUCCCCAGACUUGUCACCACCAAGACAGUGUUCAGGAAAGUCAGAAAAAAUGCAAAGUAAAGAUUCAGCCUCCAACAAAAGCAAGCUCAGCUCAUCCUUGUUAAGUAAAAAACGCUCACCGGAUCCUCAUCGGUCAGCGGUGGCUAAGAAGGGUCAGAAUAGACAUGAUUCAGACUCGGAUCCGUCUCCCUCGAGAAAAAGGCCCCUGAAGGGAAACGCCUCAGACUCCGACCAAUCUCCCCCAAGGAGGCCCUCAAAAACUAAACGGGGCUCAGACUCUGACCAGUCUCCACCCAGAGUGCGGCCACUGAGUGGAAGGGACUCGGAUGGAGAUUUGUCACCACCUCGUAGGCCAGGCCAGUCACAGGGCCAAAGGAUGCUAUCUGGUGGAAAGGCAGGCCUGGUUUCUGUGGAUUUAAGGAAAGAGAAAGAGGAGAACAGACGCAGAGAAAAACACAAUCAGCCACUUGAAGAUAGGUUGGCAGCGAUCCGGAUGCAUCAGCAGAAACUUGCGGACGUGCUGCGCGAAGCCCUUAAGCCACUGGCACGUUACGAUGAGGAUCUUGACCGCAUGUUGAGAGAACAGGAAAGAGAAGGCGAUCGUAUGGCUGCAAUGCUCAGGCGUAAAAAGGACCGUGGCACAAAAACACAAGAGAAACCUCGAUAUAAAGGCCCUGCUCCACCUCCAAACCGGUUCAAUAUUCCACCGGGGUACCGCUGGGAUGGAGUUGACAGGUCAAAUGGUUUUGAACAGAAACGCUACCAGAGGAUGGCAGAUAAAAAGGCUGUGCAGGAAGCGGCCUAUAAAUGGAGUGUGGAGGAUAUGAAGAGAAGACCUCACGACUCUCCAGAUGUCUCUCCUCCCAAGAGAAGACCUCACGACUCUCCAGAUGUCUCUCCUCCCAAGAGAAGACCUCACGACUCUCCAGAUGUCUCUCCUCCCAAGAGAAGACGCCAUGACUCCCCAGACUUGUCACCACCAAGACAGUGUUCAGGAAAGUCAGAAAAAAUGCAAAGUAAAGAGAAACCUCGAUAUAAAGGCCCUGCUCCACCUCCAAACCGGUUCAAUAUUCCACCGGGGUACCGCUGGGAUGGAGUUGACAGGUCAAAUGGUUUUGAACAGAAACGCUACCAGAGGAUGGCAGAUAAAAAGGCUGUGCAGGAAGCGGCCUAUAAAUGGAGUGUGGAGGAUAUGUAAAGGCUUUCAGAAAAUGAUGAAUCUGGAGCAGAGCUAAAGAGCACACCUGCUCAACCUUUAUGUAUAAUUUUUAUGCUGUUAGAACAACAAGACUAGAUGCAUCUACGCAGCAAAAGUUCUUUUUUAAAUAAACUACAUAGAAGAAUUUGUUUCACCUUUCCAAACCCUUUUGAUACUGUACCAUGUGUAUCAGAUGGAACUGUACAGAAAAAUGAAGUGAAGCAUGUUCACAAUUUUUGUAAGAAGUUAUUCACCGUGGAGCAGAAGCUGCUGUGGUUUCAGUGUUUUAUUAAAGAAUGUUUUUGUAAUG